GUCGACACACAGUCUGUUUUGGUUGAGUUUGAGAUUUCAAACUAAGCCACUCUUCAACUUUCAGCUCAAGUUAGAGAUCCUUAUUUGAGGAUAUCAAUCAUUUAAUUCAAUUGGUUCACAUCCACUCUUAUAGUCAUUGAUUCUGAAUGAACGAUAAGGACAUCAAGCAUUUCAAGGCAUUUAGUAAUCUAAGUCUAAUUGGACCAAGCCUAGUACUCUAAUGGUCGCUGACUGACUGAACGGUCAACAAAGAAAUCCCUAUUGAACAUCAAGCAUUUGGUAAACUCUCUAGAAUUCAAUUCACAAUUGGACGUCUGAACGGUUAGAAAUAACUCAUAGAUCAACUAGAGAUUGAAAUCUAASCCGCUAUGGAUUUGAAGAUUCUACGACUUUUUAUCACUUUUUGUGUGUCGUAUGCACUCCAGCGGUUUGCUUAUGAUGAAGAAACGAAACAAUUCUCGCAAUCAAAAAGAGAAGAACUGAUCUCUUUAUUAGAGGAAUGUUCGGUGAUAGCUCUUUUACUGUUUGAUGCCCAGACGCUUCUCUACAUUUAUGAUACACUUGGUGAGUUAUAUCGUCGCGUACAUCAACCAGCCAAGGCCAUCCAUUCUUACAAAAAUAUGCUAACCCUCAUUUCUGGCACUGGAAAUCCCAAUGUUCUAGAGAUAAAUAUCAACCAAAAUUUAGGAAAUAUCUAUCAAUCAAUGGGGCAAUAUCGCAAAUCAAYCGAAUAUCACGAAAAGAGCCUAAGUAUUGCUCAAGARAUUGGUAACAGACAAGGAGAAGGAAUUGCCUAUAGUAAUUUAGGGAAUGCCUAUAUAUCAUUAGGAGAAUAUCAUAAAGCGAUCGAAUAUCUUGAAAAGUGCCUAAUGAUUGAUAAAGAGAUUGGAGACAGACAAGGAGAAGGAGCUACUUAUGGAAAUUUAGGAAUGGCUUAUCGAUCAUUAGGGGAAUAUCAAAAGGCGAUUGAAUAUUAUGAAAAGAUACUCAACAUUGCAAAAGAGAUUGGUGACAGACGUGGAGAAGGUUCUACUUAUGGAAAUUUAGGAAAUGCCCAUCAUUUAUUAGGACAAUAUCACAAGGCGAUUGAGUAUCUUGAAAAGGCACUGAGCAUUUGUAAAGAGAUUGGUGACAGACAAGCAGAAGGCGCUGCUUAUGCAAACAUAGGGAAUUCCUUUUAUUUGUUAGGAAAAUACCACAAGGCGAUUGAAUAUAACGAAAAGAGACUGAGCAUAGCUAAGGAGAUUAGUGACAGACAAGGAGAAUGCGAUGCUUAUGGAAAUUUAGGGAAUGCCCAUCAUUUAUUAGGAGAAUAUCACAAGGCGAUUGAGUAUCUUGAAAAGAGACUGAGUAUAACUAAAGCGAUGGAUGACAAACGAGGAGAAGCCAAUGCUUAUGGGAACUUAGGAAAUGCCUAUCAAUCAUUUGGACAAUAUCACAAGGCGAUUGAGUAUCUUGAAAAGAGACUGAGCAUUGUUAAAGGGAUUGGUGACAGACGAGGCGAAGGAGAUACUUAUGGAAAUUUAGGAAACGUCUGUAACUCAUUAGGAGAAUUUCAAAGUGCGAUUGAAUAUCAGGAAAAGAGACUGAGCAUUGCUAAAGCGAUAGAUGACAAACUAGGAAAAUCAAAGGCUUAUGGUGGUUUGGGGAAUGCCUAUCAAUCAUUAGGAGAAUAUCACAAAGCGAUUGAGUAUCAUGAAAAGAGACUUGGUAUUGCUAAAGAGAUUGGUGACAGAAAAGGAGAAGGAGCUACUUAUGGAAAUUUAGGAAAUGCCUAUCAAUCAUUAGGAGAAUAUCACAAAGCGACUGAAUAUCAUAAGAAGAGACUGAGCAUUGUUAAAGGGAUUGGUGACAGACGAGGCGAAGGAGAUACUUAUGGAAAUAUAGGGGUUGCCUAUCAGUCAAUAGGAGAAUAUCACAAUGCCAUUGAGUACCAUGAAAAAAACCUAAGCAUUGCUAAAGCGAUUAAUAGCAAACAAGGAGAAGCGAAUGCUUAUGGAAAUUUAGGGAUUGCCUAUCAGUCAUUAGGAGAAUAUCACAAGGCGAUUGAGUAUCUUGAAAAGAGCCUGAGUACUACUAAAGCGAUAGAUGACAAACGAGGAAUGGCACAUGCUUAUGGAAAUUUAGGAAAUGCCUAUCAAUCUUUAGGACAAUAUCACAAGGCGAUAGAGUAUCAUGAAAAAAUGCUGARUAUUGUUAAAGCUAUUGAUGACAAACAUGGAGAGGGAGGUACUUAUGGAAGUUUAGGGAAUGCCUAUCAAUCAUUAGGACAAUAUCACAAAGCGAUUGAGUAUCAUGAAAGGAAACUGAGUAUAGCCAAGACAAUAGGUGAUAAACGAGGAAGAGGAGCUACUUAUGGAAAUUUAGGGAAUGCCUAUGAUUUAUUAGGACAAUAUCACAAGGCGAUUGAAUACCAUGAAAAGAGUCUGAGCAUUGCUAAAGCGAUUGCUGACAGAGAGGGAGAAGCAUCGACUUAUCAUAAUAUAGGUAUUGUGUAUCAGAAAGAAAGCAGAAUUAAAGACCUCGGCAAGUCAAAAGAAUACCUAGAAAACGGCAUACAAUGCUAYGAGAAAUUGUUUGAUGAUUUAAAAGACAAAGACCAAUUCAAGGUUUUCAUUGUUGAUACAUUCAUCUCAGCCUACAAGCUGCUCAGCCAAGUCCACAUUAAAACUGGAAAGGUGGAAGAAGCGCUCAUGGUAUGUGAACGUGGGCGAGCACGUGCUUUGAGAGAYCUCUUAUUCCUUAAAUACAACACUACUGAGAAAGCAGAAUCAAAAGCACUGGAACUUUCAGAUGUAAAAACAAUUUCUUUGCAUUGUGAAGGCUGCAUUCUUUUUUACAAUCUUCAUGAUAACAAGGUAACAUAUGAUUGCUGGAUCAUAUCAUCCCAAAGUCCAUCAACCUUCUAUUAUAAUGAAUUGGACAACAUCGAAGCUUUAGCAACAAUUGUGUUGAAUCUGUCUGAAGAUGAUAAAACAAACAUGAAGACGGGAUAUUUUCAAUAUCUCGUUGACAACAGUUUUCGCCAGCUGCGUCUUAGAGAAGAAAUGAAAUGCGAUGACCAAUCGAUGAACUUACUAGACCAUGAAAACGAGGAGCCUGGAGCCGCUACAAAGUCUUCAAAACGUAGCGAAACUGCCCUCACAGUUUUUCGACAGGUUGACAGAUGGUGCGCUUCCAUGGACGAUGAAGAUGAUAUCGAGCCUCUCGACGUACUCUCCCGUAGACUUCUCUCUCCAGUGAUUAACCAGCUGACGCACGACGAGGUGAUCAUCAUUCCUGACGGUCCCCUAUUCAUGGUGCCAUUUGCUGCUCUUCGAGACCCAGUAACAGGCACCUAUUUGUCGGAAACGAAGCGCAUUCGACUGGCUCCUUCUCUGACGACGCUGAAAAUUCUACAAGAAUCCUCAGACAAAAAUUAUGCUAAGUCAGGGGCGCUGAUCAUUGGAAACCCUACAGGUGAUUUACCUGGUGCAGAGAAAGAAGCUGUCGAGAUUGGUGAACUGCUCGGUGUUCAGCCAUUGAUAGGAAAACAAGCAACAAAAGAAGUAAUUUUGGAUGAGCUAAAGCAAAGUGUGUCCGUGAUUCACUUUGCUGCACAUGGCAGAGAUAAAAGUGGCCAGAUCUUACUGGCUCCUUCUAAUCCUCCGACGAAUUCAUGUCCAGAACAAGAGAAGAACAGCAUAUUGACCAUGAAGGAAGCACAGGAGAGCGGAAUUCGUGCUCAACUGGUUGUGCUGAGCUGYUGUCAYAGCGGUAAAGGUGACAUCAGGUCUGAGGGAGUGGUUGGGAUGGCUCGAGCCUUUCUUGCUGCAGGAGCUCGUGCCGUUGUAGCGUCACUUUGGGCCAUUGACGACACAGCCACAGAGUDCUUCAUGACGAAAUUCUAUUCUCAUCUCAAGAAUGGAGAGAGUGCAAGUAAGAGUCUGCAGCAAGCAAUGAAGGAGAUGAGAGAAAUAGAGGAAUACAAGGAACCAAAAUACUGGGCKGCCUUCUUUCUAAUUGGAGAUGAUGUAACCAUCACAGGUUAAUCGAACAUCAAAGACUGGAUUAUUGAUAGAACAUUUUUAGAACAUUAAUUAGGUUAGUUUUCGACUUUUCAUAAAGAUAAAUGAAUGUACCUGACUGAUAAAGUGGAAAUACUAAAAACAUGACAGAGUAUUUACCAAAUAGUGCUAAAUAGCGCAAUACAUUGUAUAAUGGACAAACGAAUUUGGCAGAAUUCAAUGGGAUUUAGCACUAUUUCAUUAACAGUUAGAGCAAAAAUCACUUAACAUUACCCAUGAUGUAGUCAAUAUAAUUAUAAUAUGUUGACGGUCAAAMUUUUUGCAAAUGACUGUAUGAAAAAAAGGCAAAAUUUCCAAAUUACUUAAGAUACUUAACAAGUAUGGUAAGUGGAGUUCGGGUAGCGCAAUCUAUAGUUAAGUGAAUAGCAUAAAUCAAGGCUGAGUGCACCCCCACUURMUGUAUGAUGACUUGCCUGCUUUUGUGUAAAUYAUUGCGUAACAGUAGAAAUGGGCGCGAAGCCAACGUGUGCAUGAGCUAGCAAGCAAUAUGGAGCUACUAGUGUUAGUUUAGCUUUGCUGAAAUAUCUUAUUUCGUCAUAUUAUCCUCCUACGUUUUUGAAAGUGCAAAUAUUGUGAAAUUCAAUUCGACCAACGGAAAAUCGAAGACUGUGGUCCCGGGACUCUAGUUGGAAUCGAAAGAUUCUUUGAUUUGAUUGGCUCAGGAGUUGCUCAAAACUUCCCAUACAUCAUAUCAUACACUGGAUUCUGGGUUUCCGGCGCAUCGUCUCCAUCCAGAGACUUCGAUUUUCCGUUGGGAAUCUGAGAAAGAUCUGGGUACGAGAAUGAUUUUAACAGUGUUAAUAUUGGAUGUCAAUGUUGUUGUACAUGUGACAUGAUUUUAUUAUCAAUACAUAUGAACAUGAUGAACAUAUUAUCUUUGCU